AUAGUUAUGUAUAUGUUUAUAUAAAAAAAAAAAUUUUAGCAUAGAUUUUAAUGUAGUCAUUUUGGGUCUAUUUUCCAUUCUCAGGGUGAUGAUGAGUUUCCUCGGUGAUGGGAUGCCUUUAGCCUCAGUCAGGGGCAAGGAAAUAUUUGGCACGGGAGUCAGCAUCAAAGAGGAGUUCAGUGAAUAUGUCACCGAAGAUACAUGCCUGGAAAUUAAAGAGGAGCCACUUGAUUAUGGAGAUGAAGCAAGAAAUGAAGUAUGUAACGUGAAUGUGAUACAUGAAAGUCAUUUCUUUCAUAAUUUUCAUGAUGUAAGUCAUGAGGCACAUGCCAAAGACUCAUGUAACUUAGUUCAGUAUUGUAAUGUCAAGGAAAGACUGAAGGAGGAUACACAACUAAAAGUGGAAUCCACAAAGAAAUGUUUUGCAUGUGAGGUGUGUGGCAAGGAAUUGUCUCAAAAGAGUCAUGUCAGCAUUCACAUGAGAGUCCACACAAAGGAAAAGCCAUACAACUGUAAGAUUUGCAGCAAGACUUUCUCAUAUAAAUCUAGUUUUUUGAAGCAUAUGAUAAUGCAUACAGAGGAGAAACCAUACAGCUGUGAACUUUGCAACAAGGCUUUCUCUCGGAAACAUAAUCUGGUGAAGCACACGAGAGUGCAUACAAAGAAGAAAUCGUAUAGCUGUGAGACUUGCAAUAGGGCCUUUUCCGAGAGAGGUCAUCUCAUAACGCACAUCAGAGUACAUACAAAAGAGAAGCCAUACAAAUGUGAGAUUUGCAAUAAGGCCUUUUCUGAGAAAGGUCACCUAGUAACUCACAUUAGAGUACAUACCAAGGAGAAGCCAUACAAAUGUGAGAUUUGCAACAGGGACUUCUCAGAGAGAACUAGUCUAGUGAGUCAUAUGAGAUUACAUACAAAGGAGAAGCCAUACAGCUGUGAAAUUUGUAAAAAGGGUUUUUCACAGAAAAAUAACCUAGAUAUCCAUAUGAGAAUACAUAGAAAGGAGAAGCCAUACAGUUGUGAAAUUUGCAAUAAGGCCUUCUAUGAGAAAAGUCGUGUAGUAAGGCACAUGAGAGUACAUACGGAGAAGAAGCCAUAAUGCUGUGACAUUUGCAACAAGGCCUUCUCUUAGAAAAGUCAACAAGGAAGGCACAAGAGAGUACAUGCAAAGGAAAAGCCAUACAGCUGUGAGAUUUACAACAAGGCCUUCUCAUAAAAGUAGUCAAAUGAUCCAUAUGAGAGUACUAUAGUAGAUGGUUUGGCAUCUUCUAUUUGGACUGGUGUUUUAUCUCUUUGGGGAAUGAUUGUUGUGGGUAUGAGUACCCACAGGAUGGUUGGGUGCUGGAAGUGAAGUGGAGAUCAAUGGGAGCUGCCAGUUAGCUCCCCAUUCGGCUAAGGACUGGGCAGUCCUUGUGUUGCUGCUGCUGUUGUCAUGUUCUGCAGGGGGAUCAGGGAAAGCUGAUCUUGGUUCUGGAUUCUUUGGCUUAAGUACAAAUGUACUGUGUAACUGCACAGGAAAUGAGGGAAGCCUCGUAUCCCGUGGUCACACCACGGACAUAGCUGUGGACGUGGUGUGACCCAACCUAGGAAACUAUGCUGAACUUCAGGUUGUGGGGUCAUGUUGCUACAGUACAUAUAAAGGAGAAGCCAUACUGUGAUAUUUGCAGUAAUGCAGUUUCCAUGAAUAUAGAUUAUGGUGAAGCACAUGAGGUACAUACAAAAGAGAAGCCAAACAACUGUAAGUUCUGCAAUAACUUUUUGCCUAUAUAUAUAUUUAUACAUAAAGGUCACAAGCCAUUUAACAAUGUAUUUCAACUAAAGGAAGUACACUUCCUCUUGACAUUAAUAGGAAAGAAAUGUUCAAAGUUAUGGAGGAUCUCUUUUUUUUUUAUUUAUUUAUAUUACACCUAAUAUU